AACGAUAUCAACGCUCAGUUCGUCACCAUGCCUGUUCCCUGGGAGGCUCUCAUCCCCUUCGGUUUGCUCACCGUCAUGUUCGGGGCUGCCGGCACCCUGCUGAACACGUCGAAGCGGCUGCAGAACCAGGGCAAGGGCCCUCGAUACAACAUUGACGCCUGGGACGAGAUGAUGAUGGACAGAGACAGACGGCUAACCGGACAUCCUCGGGGACAGAGGUCCGAUCCAGUGGCACCGGAUGAUUUCUCGACGAGUAGUAUGUGGUACACUGAGAGGACACGAUGAAGUUUCUACAAUACACUCCAUCCUGUUCACUUAGCCCGAAACUCGCGUUUAUAGAUCACGGCUAUGCGCCGCUCAAAGCUGCGCAAUGUUACCGCC